AUGUCUUUAAAUUUCUGUUUAACCAGGAAUUCCCCCCAAGACCUCCAACUCACUGACCCAAGGGGGGAAAAGAGAAAACUGAGUGAGUCAGAGGACUCAAUAAUUUUAACUCAAAGGAAAAUGGCAAAACAAAUGCAUGGUUUCACACAACAACAAAAAGAAGAGGAUCCACGGCUGAUAACAUUUAGACGGGAAAACCCUAGAAAUUAUGAAGCCCUGGAAAAGAGAACUAGGACCAGGUCUACGUUCACCCUAGGAUCGUUGACACCUAGAUAUAUCUCAACAGUAUCAGGAUAUACUCCAACCUCACCAGAAUAUGCUCCAGCCUCACCAGAAUAUACUCCAGCCUCACCAGAAUAUACUCCAGCGUGUCAAGGAUCACCAGGAUAUGUCCCUGUGAAACAAGAUCCUUUCCUUCCUUCACCUGAUCACACCUUGACUCCACUUCAGGCUCCAAUUAUGAAUACCGGAGCGUCAUCAGGGUAUGCUCCGGUGACAUGCAGCCCUGCGUAUGAAGACUCCCAAUAUCCUUUAAAAGAGGAGUUGGGAGCACUGUCCGAAUUAAUUAACUCUCUUCGAGUUGAUCUCCUUCAAAGUUCCAUGCUUGUGAACUAUGUCCAAGAUUACUUGAAAAAAUGGAAGUAAAGAGAACUGGCAGUGAAAUAUCUUUUUUUUUUUAAAUUUUGUACUGAUAAGUUUUGGUUCAUUUCAAUGUGUCCACUGAUCAUUUUAUCAUAUUACAUGUGAAAUCAUGUACAUUUACAAUUGAUAUUGAAAAAUUAAAACUUUAUUAAUAGAAUAUAGAAUUUGUUGUUGUUGUUGUUAUCGAUGUUGGUAUUGAAAGGUUUCUUUAUCGCAAAAAUUAAUGUCGAAACAAGAAGUGUAUUACUAUGUAUUACUUACUAAUCCAAGAUGACAACACUCCCUCUUCGUUUACCAAGACUAGACUGUGAACAAAUUUGAAAAAGUUUGGACUUUUUAUAGUAAUGAUAUCUCGGGUACCUUAUAGGUGUGCCCUUGACAAUCCCUUAGUUGUAGAACUAAACUGGAAUAAUUACAAGUAGAAAGCCAUGCAAGUGUUUGAAAAAAAAAAUUAGUUACAACUCAUUAUCUUAUGGGUACAGGCGGUCAUAGGAGAGGUGACCUCAGACGACCCUAGGAGUCACGGUGUCUUUAAAAUGCCCGCAGACGGCCCUAUUAGAGGUGCCUGCAGACGGCCCCUAUGAGAGGUGCCCUCAGACGGCC